GUGGGCGGGUCCAGCCCAGCACAGCAACCGCCGAGACUUCCGGUUCCGAUGACAGAGGCGCCGGAUGCCAGGGCUCCGGCUGUGGGAAGAGUCGUCGGCCCGGAGCAGCUGGAGUCCCACGGACUCACAGGACCCUGGAGGAGCCGCCUCUGCCAGGGGAGUCCCUCGAACUGAGAGGACCCGUUCUAGUGCGACCCGGCCGGGUCUGAGGUUCAAGCUCAGGUCCCCUAGCCCAACGGUUAGGAGAUGGAUGCGCCAUUUAAUCAGCAAGAAUUCACUGAACAGCCACUGUGGACCAGGCCCUGGGCUGGGUGCUGAGGGGAGAAAGAGGACAAGAUUGGCCUCCAGCCCUGAGCAGCUCACAGUCUAGUAGGAGACCUGUAAAGAGGCAGUUACUGUGCCACAGUGCUGAGGACUCAGAGGAGUGUGGAAUGGGUGUCUUCCACAGAGGUUUGCGAACCAGAAGGAGACACCAGGGGGGAUUUCGUCGAGGGCCUUGUGGGGAGCUGGUGAUUAAACUGCUUCUUGCGGCCUCCAUACAGAGGAGUGCACAGGGCACUCUGGACACAGGAGUAGCUUGUGCAAAGGAAGCGAAUGUGUAACUACACACGGCUUGUGCGUCAAGCCAGGCAGUGUUGAGUCAAGGGGUGACAGGGUCUGAUGUGUUGUUUGAAGGGAUCGUCCUAGUGGAUCGUUUCUGUACAUGUGAGACCUUGGGGAGGAGGGCUGGAAAUGGACAUGAAAUUCCACUGGAUCCAUCAUGAAGCUUGUCAAAGACAAGCUCACACUCAUCCAUCCUAGUGCCUGGUGAACAUGACCGACUGUGGUUGAGGCAGAGUGGCUCACCGUGGACACACUGAAUUAGCCUCCUGGGCUUUUGGGCAGAGGCCACCAUGGAGCAGUGUGCGAGUGUGGAGAGAGAGGUGGACAAGGUCCUGCAGAAGUUUCUGACCUACGGGCAGCACUGUGAGCAGAGCCUGGAGGAGCUGCUACACUACGUGGGCCAGCUGCGGGCUGAGCUGGCCAAUGCAGCCCUCCAGGGGACCCCUCUCUCUGCCACCCUCUCCCUGGUGAUGUCCCAGUGCUGCCGGAAGAUCAAAGACACCGUGCAGAAACUGGCUUCGGACCACAAGGACAUUCACAGCAGCGUCUCUCGAGUGGGCAAAGCCAUCGACAGGAACUUUGACUCUGAGAUCUGUGGUGUCGUCUCCGACGCAGUGUGGGACUCACGGGAGAAGCAGCAGCAGAUCCUACAGAUGGCCAUCGUGGAGCACCUGUACCAGCAGGGCAUGCUCAGUGUUGCUGAGGAGCUGUGCCAGGAAUCCACCCUGAAUGUGGACUUGGACUUUAAGCAACCUUUCCUGGAGCUGAAUCGAAUCCUGGAAGCUCUGCACGAACAAGACCUAGGGCCGGCGUUGGAGUGGGCCAUCUCCCACAGGCAGCGCCUGCUCGAGCUCAACAGUUCCCUGGAGUUCAAGCUGCACCGACUGCACUUCAUCCGGCUCCUGGCGAGCGGCCCCGAGAAGCAGCUAGAGGCCCUCAGCUAUGCCCGGCACUUUCAGCCAUUUGCACGGCUGCACCAGCGAGAAAUCCAGGUGAUGAUGGGCAGUCUGGUGUACCUGCGGCUGGGCUUGGAGAAGUCGCCCUACUGCCACCUUCUGGACAACAGCCACUGGGCAGAGAUCUGCGAGACCUUUACCCGGGAUGCCUGUUCCCUGCUGGGGCUCUCGGUGGAGUCUCCCCUCAGCGUCAGCUUUGCCUCUGGCUGUGUGGCGCUGCCGGUGCUGAUGAACAUCAAGGCCGUGAUUGAGCAGCGGCAGUGCACGGGGGUCUGGAGUCACAAGGAUGAGUUACCGAUCGAGAUCGAACUGGGCAUGAAGUGCUGGUACCACUCGGUGUUUGCCUGCCCCAUCCUACGGCAGCAGACGUCAGAUUCCAACCCUCCCAUCAAGCUCAUCUGCGGCCACGUGAUCUCUCGAGAUGCGCUCAACAAGCUCAUUAACGGUGGAAAGCUCAAGUGUCCCUACUGUCCCAUGGAGCAGAACCCAGCUGACGGGAAACGCAUCAUAUUCUGAUACUCACCUGGGAGGAACUUUGUCAAAAGGGGCUUUUCACCCUUGAGCCUUGGUCUUGUCUACGCGGGGGUAGCUGCUGUCUGUGGAUUGUGGUUCACUUCAGCGCAAAUGGCCGACUGCCACUCCAGGCAGAGGCCAAGAAGGGAGAUGAACCAGUUUGUGCCAGGCAGCUGGCUCCUUGGCCAUGAGGGUAGGCAGACACUGGCCUCUGCACUCCUGCCGUUUCCCUAUCUGUAUCUGCCACUGACUUAGUCACAACCAACAGAGAGGCAGAGGACUUGGCAGGCAACACGGACAUCUUCCCAGUCCUGGCAUCCUGCCCCCAGCCGGGUCGCUGAUGGCUACACCCAUGCUGUAUCUGCUGCUCCAGUGGUACAGCCUCACAACUGUAUGUAUCCACUUCCCACUGUAAAUAGGUUUGAACUGAAUGCCAUGGUUUUAUAACUGAGCAAAUAUAUUCACAGGCCUUCUCCUUA